CUGGAGCGGACUCUAACUGAGGAUGGGUGACAUAGCAGAGAAUAAAGGGAGCUUCUACUCCAAUGCUGAGGUCUACUGGAAGGAGGUUCCUCCCACAGUGGAUGGCAUGCUGGGAGGCUACGGCAGCAUCUCCAACAUCGACAUCAACGGAUCCAAAGCUUUCCUGCAGAAGUUCCUUGGUGAGGGGGAGGGGAAGACGAGCCCAGGCUGCGCUCUGGACUGCGGCGCUGGCAUCGGCAGGAUCAGCAAGCGUUUACUGCUGCCUCUGUUCAAGACGGUGGACCUGGUGGACGUGACGCAGGAGUUCCUGGACAAAGCCAAGCCGUACCUGGGAGACGACAGCAAGAGAGUGGGUCACUACUUCUGCAGCGGCCUGCAGGAGUUCGUACCGGAGAGCGGGCGCUAUGAUGUCAUCUGGAUCCAGUGGGUCAUCGGCCACCUGACAGACGACCACCUGGUGGAUUUCCUGCGCCGCUGCCAGAAAGCCCUGCGGCCCAACGGCCUCGUCGUCAUCAAGGACAAUGUGUCGUACGAGGGAGUGGUGCCCGACGACGUGGACAGCAGCGUCUGCCGAGACCUGGAAAUAGUUCACCGCCUGGUGGCCAGAGCGGGUCUGCAAAUCAUGCACGAGGAACAGCAGGCUGACUUCCCAAAGGAGAUCUACCAAGUCCACACACUGGCUCUCAGAUAGAACUGCUGGAUUUCUGACAUGGAAAAGGAUGUUUUUUUCUAGUCCAUUUAUUAUCUGUUUAGAAAGAAUAUGCGGUUUGACGUGU